AUGUCACAGAAAGGCCACUACAAGAGAUUUUCAAGAGAGGGAUUUCAGCCUCUUACCCAUCAGCAAUCCGGGGACAUGGCGAACCCUAACGACGUUACGAUUGAUAUCCCAUUGACCAAGGUCAGCACCUCUGGCAGCGCCACUGGUGCCCGCAAGGCCGAUGCCAGUUCCCCUUCCCGUUCCGAGUACAAUGGCGAGUUCUCCGAGAAGAUGGACGAGAAACAAGGCCACCCCUUUCACAGAGGUCCAGCAGGCAGGAGAAGGAGGUUGCAAGAGCGUGGACGGCAGAAUCACGACAAGGAGGACGGUACAUUGAACGCAGUCGGCAGAUUCUACAAAAGGCUCUACAACUUCUCUGUUCUGACUCGCUAUUUCAUCUAUGUCGCACCUCUCGCUUUGGCUAUCGCAGUCCCCAUCAUUGUUGGAGCCACGGUCGCUCCCAGAGCACGCAUUGGCGGCGUCAAGAUCGUAUGGUUCUUUACCUGGGUCGAGGUGGUUUGGGUGUCGCUAUGGGCCUCGAAAGUGGUGGCUCAUUUCUUACCAUUUCUCUUUCAAUUCAUUUGCGGAGUGGCCAGUCCUGGCACAAGGAAAUAUGCCCUCGCUCUCAGCUCGCUCGAGAUCCCUCUGUCGCUGGUUGGCUGGGCCGUCUCAUCACUGGCAACGUUUGUCCCUAUCAUGACGUUGAAUCCUGACCAGAGAUCACGUGGUGAAACGGGCCUCAAGCCUUGGGAGUCAAUUGUCAAGAAUAUCCUCUUUGCUUGCGUCUUCUCGACGUUGCUCUUACUCGGCGAAAAGGUUCUCAUUCAGCUCCUCUCUAUCAGCUACCACCGCAAGCAGUUUGAUGAAAAGAUCAAAGAGUCAAAACGAAACGUUUAUCUGGUUGGCUUGCUCUACGAUGCUUCUCGAAAGCUCUUUCCGGAGUACUGUCGCGAAUUUGCCGAAGAGGAUUACCUCAUCAACGAUGUUUUGGAUUUGGGAGAGCGCAGCAAUCGGAAUAGCAUGUUACCUGGCCACAAACGAUCUGGCUCGGCGACUCCAAUGAAACUGAUCCACAAUGUUGCACGCGUUGGUGACAAGGUCACCGCAGCAUUCGGGAAUGUUGCCCAGGAGAUCACUGGCAAAAAGGUUUUCAACCCCACUGCCUCGCACUCGAUCGUGGUUCAGGCUCUGGAAAAGAAACAUUCCGCCGAAGCCCUCGCUCGACGGCUCUGGAUGUCUUUCGUUCUAGAAGGGAAGGAUGCUCUAAGCCUGGACGACAUCAUUGACGUCCUCGGCCAUGAUCAUGAGCAAGAAGCGCACGAAGCUUUUGAGAUAUUGGAUGUGGAUUGCAACGGAGACAUCUCGCUCGAUGAAAUGGUCCUCCGCAUCACCGAGUUUGGACGAGAGCGUCAAUCCAUCGCAAGCAGCAUGCACGAUGUCGAUCAAGCUAUCAAUGUCCUCGACAACUUGCUGUGCACAGUCGUCUUUAUUGCCGUCAUAUUCAUCUUCGUUGCCUGGCUGAACCACAACUUCACCACCACACUUGCUACAGCGGGCACUGCCCUCCUCUCAAUGUCUUUCGUUUUCGCAACCACUGCGCAGGAGGUACUUGGGUCUUGCAUCUUCCUAUUCGUCAAGCAUCCAUUCGACGUGGGUGACAGAGUUGACGUUACUGAUACCCAAUAUGUGGUGGAACGCAUGUCUCUUCUUUACACAGUGUUUCGGCGGGUGAAGGAUCACAAGCGGACUCAAGUUCCCAACAUCAUCCUCAAUUCUCUAUGGAUUGACAACGUGUCUCGUAGUAAAGCCAUGCGCGAACAGAUCCAGCUUUAUGUCAGCUUCGAUACUACGUUUGAAGAUAUCGAUCUGCUCAAGAAGGAAAUGACCAACUUCGUCCGCGAUAAAGACAAUGCGCGCGACUUCCAGCCAGAUAUCGACAUCGAGGUUACCGGUGUGGCAGAGAUGAACAAGAUGGAAUUGAGAAUUGAGAUUCGGCAUAAAUCUAAUUGGGCCAACGAGGCCGUACGAGCGGCGAGAAGAAAUAAGUUUAUGUGCGCCCUCGUCCUCGCGAUGCGGAAAGUUCCACUCUAUGGACCAGGGGGUGCCGGUCCGCCUGCUGGUGACAAGGCUAACCCGACAUACUCGGUCGCGAUCAGCGAUGAAGUCGCGAAGAAGAAUAAGGAACUGUUUGAUGAGGAUCUAGAUAAGAAGAGACUCGUGCCCCUAUUGGAGCAGAACAAGCCUCACCUCAACCUGGCCAAAGCAAAAUCACCUGACCAUCUCAGCUCGACAACUGGAUCGGAAUCCCGAGAAGCGUCAGCAGUUGACCAUUUGGUUAAGCGCAAGGUGGCCGUUGAUCCUGAAGAGGUUGUCGACCAUGAGCGAGAACUCCGGAUGGACAAGCAACGCUCGAAUGAUGUCGAGGAAGUACGAGACAUUCUCCGACGCGAGUCCACAAGGGGUCGGCGACGAGCAGCUCGCCACAGCGGUCUCUCAGUACCAAGCACCGAGUACGCUGGAGGCUCACGGACAAUCCCUACUAUUCCCGAUGCAUCGCCACAAGAGCCCAUGACGGCGACCCUCUCCGCACCCGCCAGGGUCAGCUACUUCGAAGACGCACCCCAACCAGAGACGGUCCCUUCGACUGUGCCGCAGGGCUGGACGACGGUGGCACCACUGGACUACAAUGCAACGGGUACGCAAUCGCUCCAACCACCCUCACCACAGAUGUCACAGGUAUCGGGUCCUGUCAGUCCAUCUCGAUACGUACCGGGCAACGCCUUCUCACAGCGAGCUCACGCCACGCCGCAAAUGCCUCGAAUGCCAGUGCCGGGAAUGCCUGAAAUGAAGAGAAAUUUGCAGGUGCCAAAUCCUUCUUCUCCACCACGGUGA